AUGCCGCAGAUCACUGCCCAGAAUGCAGAUUUCGCGUGCCAGGUGCGAGCACAGCAAAACCCUCUGCCACAAAUUUAUCAUUUAGCUGAGGAUGCUCCUCUUCAAGAGGUGGGAUUGUUUAACGACGAAGAUGAGGAGGACACCCAAAGGACGAAGCGCGCUCGGCUUCGUCGUGGCGAUGAGACGUCGGACUGGCAUCCCUUUCCGCUUCCGGAAGCUCCGGAGAGACAUCCAACUACGAGCCAUCGCAACCACUAUAAUCCGGAUGCUCCUGGGAUUAUGCGAACUCGACUGGAAUUACACGCUUGCUUGACGGCGAAGGGAAAUCUCCGCACCGCUGCUAUCUUGUUCAGUGGAAGGGUCGUCCGCUGCAGAUGA